AUGGUGAAUCAAUUUGGCAUGUUGCAGGAGCAGUGGGCUGCCAUUUUAGUUCCUUUGAGCUUCAUAAUAGGAUGUUACUGUGGCUGGAAAGAUGAUGAAAAACUUACUGCAUUCAGAAGUAAGAGUGCACUCUACAGCAGAGAGCUGAAGCCUGGGGAAAGGGUGACAUGGAAAUAA